AUGGUCUUCGGGAAGAAGUCCAUCCGCAUCAAUGGCGCCGACUGUGGCGUUGAGUCCAUCAUCCUCGGGCUAUGCACCUCAAUAGGAGGGUUUUUGUUUGGCUACGACACGGGCCAGAUCUCGGGCAUGUUGCUGUUCCGGGAUUUCAAGAACCGUUUCGGCCAGGUCGACACGCCAGAGGGGAGGGACUUUGAGCCCAUCACCGAGUCCCUAAUAGUGUCACUGAUGAGCAUCGGUACGCUGUGCGGAGCUCUUACUUCAUCCUACACCGCCGACUGGCUCGGCCGUCGCAAGUCCCUAAGCCUGGGCGUGCUCAUCUUCAUAAUCGGCGUCAUCAUCCAACUCACCGCCACCAACCACUGGGUGCACCUGAUGAUGGGGCGGUUCGUCGCAGGGCUGGGCAUCGGCAACCUGUCGGUCGGCGUGCCCAUGUUCCAGUCGGAGUGCGCCCCGCGCCAGAUCCGAGGUGCCACGGUCGCCUCGUACCAGCUCGCCAUCACCCUGGGCAUCCUCAUAUCGAAUUGCGUCAACUACGGCGUGCGGAGCAUCGAGGAUUCGUCAGCGUCCUGGCGCAUUGUUGUUGGUUUGGGUAUUCUCUUCGCCCUGCCGCUGGGUCUUGGUGUGCUGUUUGUUCCUGAGUCACCGAGGUGGCUUGCGGGAAGGUCGAAUUGGGACGGUGCGCGCAUGUCGCUCGCCCGGUUGCGUGGUGUGAAGCAUGAUCUGAGCAAUCAGUUUGUGGAGGAUGAUUUGAGGGAGAUGCGGGAGAUCCUCGAGCGGGAGCGUGCUGCGGGUGUUGGGACAUGGAAGGAAUGCUUUGUCCCCAAGAAGAACGGCGUCCCCAAGCAGGUGUACCGCACCGCGCUGGGGGUAUCCAUCCAUUUCCUCCAGCAGUGGACCGGAGUGAACUACUUCUUCUACUAUGGCGCCACCAUCUUUGAGUCGGCCGGUAUCGACGACCCGAUCCGGACGCAGCUCAUCCUGGGCGCCAUCAACGUGGGCUUUACCUUUUUAGGGCUGUACGUGGUGGAGAGGUACGGUCGGCGCUGGCCGCUCUUCCUUGGUGCCAUCUGGCAGGCCGUCUGGAUGGCCGUGUUCGCGUCUAUGGGCACCGCCCUGAACCCCGAGGAGAACACAACCUCAGGAAUCAUCAUGAUUGUCGCGGCUGCCAUGUUCAUCGCCUCCUUCGCCGCCACAUGGGGUCCCAUCUGCUGGGUGGUCAUCGGCGAGACCUUCCCCCUCCGCACCCGCUCCAAGCAGGCUUCGUUUGCCACGGCGGGUAACUGGUUGGGCAACUUCCUAAUCUCCUUCCUCACCCCCCUCGCCACCCACGGCAUCUCCUACUCCUACGGCUACGUCUUCGUAGGGACCAACGUCGUCGCGGCCCUGGUGACCUGGUUCUUCCUGUACGAAUCGGUCAGCCUCAGCCUUGAAAACGUCGACCAGAUGCACGGCGAGCCCGGGCUCAAGCCCUGGCGGUCCAAGGAAUGGACCCCCCCCGGCUACCAUACCCGCAUGAAGAGGGACGAGGGAUACUGGACAAGGAGGAAGGAAGCUUACUCGGCAGGAGGUGUGACUGCGGGAGGGGGAUAUGAUGAGGCGGAUGUGGAUGUGGAUGACCGGACGACUGCUGUACCGAGUGGGCGGCCGAGUAGAGCGGUUGAACAUGAGGAUGGUGGGGUUGGGACGGGGGCGGGGAAGAGAUUGUCGAAGCAUUCCGCUGGGGCGGAGGAGGAGUGGAGGGAGAACUUGAAGGCGAGGGAGACGGUGUGA